UCAACAUUGUCAACUGUGACGUGUGACAAAUGUCUGGGAUGACAGGACAGUGACGUGUAAUAUAUGAUUGUUUUAAGAGUACAUAAUUGUUUUCACGUUACCUUUAAUAAUGUUAGAUUUAUUUACAAUUUUUAGUAAGGGAGGAAUGGUAUUAUGGUGCUUCCAAAGUACCAGUCAACUAUUCACCCCUUCUGUGAAUGCAUUGAUACGAAAUGUCAUUUUACAGGAAAGAACUAAUGUCAGCACUUUUGAUCAUAACGGAUUGCUGCUCCAGUACAAACUGGACAAUGAAUUUGAUUUGGUUUUUGUGGUGGCCUAUCAAAAAAUUCUACAGUUAUCCUAUGUCGAUAAAUUCCUUAAUGACAUACAUUUAGAAUUCAGAGAUAAGUACAAAAAUGAACUUUCCGAUGGAAAGUACUUUCAAGAUUUUGAUUUUAUGGGAGUAUAUGAUUCCACGUUGAAAGCAGCUGAACAGUGGUCGAAAAUUCAGUCGAAACAACCCAAGCAAAUGAGAACCUUUGAAGACUCUUUCAAAUCUAAAAAGACAGUAGCAUCUAUGAUAGAGAGGAAAGGGGAAGAAAAACCAGUGAAGGCUGUAAAGAAGAAAGAGGUCAAUUUUGCUACAGAAGAAAAAAGUAUAAGUCUUCCAUCUUCCCCAAAACCUGUAACAAAUGGUUUCAUAGAUGAAGAAACUUUGGCAGCAAAUAGGGCAAAAUUGGCAAAGAAAAUGCAGAAGAAAAAGCCUGAUCCUAAAAAAAGUCCUAAGAGUCCACAGUCGGAAAAGGCAGGCAAAAAACCUAGAAAAUGGGAUUUGGGUGGUAAUAAUAAAGAUCUUGGGACUCUCGAGAGAACUACUGAUAAACCAGAAGAUAUGAAAAGUAACUUCACUCCAGACACAGAGAUUGUGGGACAAAUGAAGGGGAUAAUCAAAGAUCUGGAAGUAGAAUCUUCAGACGAAGAAUAUGAAGAAGAGGAAGAAGAAACCGCAACAAAACAGCCCGCCAAUAAAACAUCUUCCAAGGGUGGAAUGUUUUCCAUUUUCAAAGGUCUUGUCGGUUCGAAAAAUCUCACCAAGUCUGACAUGGCGCCUGUUUUGGAAAAAAUGAAAGAUCACCUCAUAUCCAAAAACGUCGCUGCUGACAUUGCUAUAAAGCUGUGCGAGUCCGUAGCAGUUAAAUUGGAGGGUAAAGUCCUUGGAACUUUCGAGAGUGUUGCUUCCACUGUUAAAAGUACCUUGACCGAUUCUUUGGUUCAGAUUCUCAGCCCCAAGAGAAGGGUGGAUAUUCUGAGAGAUUGUUUGGAGUCCCAGAAGCAGAACAAACCUUACGUCAUGGCGUUUUGUGGGGUGAACGGUGUUGGUAAAUCGACCAACCUCGCGAAGAUUUGUUUCUGGUUGAUAGAAAACAACUUGGGCGUCCUGAUAGCCGCCUGCGAUACUUUCAGGGCGGGGGCUGUCGAACAACUACGCACUCACAUGAGACAUCUCAAUGCUCUCCAUCCACCUGAAAGGCAUGGCGGCAGACAAAUGGUCCAGCUGUAUGAAAAAGGGUACGGUAAAGAUGCUGCUGGAAUCGCCAUGGAAGCCAUUAAAUAUGCCAGAGAUUCUAGAAUCGAUGUUGUUUUGAUUGAUACGGCAGGAAGAAUGCAGGUAUAGAGCAGAAUAGAGUUU